ACCUGACUUUAAAGCAGUGCUGUGCGGGGAGAAGGACAACAACAGGUUGACACUAUCCGUUACCAAGACCUCCAAGAAGCUGUAGAAUCAUUGGCAUUCACGUCGACGGACUCAGAAAUGUCCCCCACUACAGCAGCAGCAGCAGCAGCCGUGCUGCUUGUCGUGUGCUUGUUCUGCAAGACAGAUGCAUUGCCACGCAGGUCAUAUCGCUUCACUUGGCUGCGCACGACAACCACGACACCCGCGCCUACCACGGCACCCACAAUCCCGGAAUGUGUCACUGACACGGGCAUUCAUCUGCAAGUGGGUGAAAGCCAUAAAGAUUUUGGAGAAGGAUGGUGCAGGAUUUGCGAGUGUACCUUUGAAGGGCUGACGUGUAUACAUGGAGACUGUCUACCUCCUAUGUGCGUGGAUUAUAUCCGUGGAGACUGCUGCUACUACUGUCCAAACGGACAAAACUGCCGACUGCCAUCAGGGGAGCUAAUCACAGGCCCUGUGGAGCUUGACGGAAUGAGUUGCAAGUGUCCUGAACAGGAAUACUACCUUCCCGGCGUUCCUGCUGACCGCCACACCAUCGCCAUCUGCACUCCAACAACUACCAUCUCCACGCCUACCAUAAAGAGUGUUCUCUGAGUCACUUCCCUUUCGUACCCAAUCUUAAAGAAAUUUCCUUUUUUGUGUGUGUCUUAGUCAAAUCUUCAAGAACAUGCUAAUCCUGAUGGACAGAUUGUCUUUUACGCGGUAUUACUCUCAAAAACCUUCUCUAAACACUUCUUUGCAAAGACCGUAUACGCUACAAAAAUUCUGUUUUGGAUGAACACUUUUCUGUAGUUUAGUCUUGAAGCAAAAAUCUUAUACAAAAUUUCUAAGGCAGACAAUUCGCUGGGGUGUGUUCCUCCAAGAACAAUAAAACAGUUUAUCAAUGUUCCUCUGAAGGCAUUGUGUGUACAAAGGAAUGAAUGUUCUUACAAAGUAGUAAACGUGUAUUCGUGCAAAACAAA